AUGUCAUUCUUUGGUUCCUCGGCUUCUGCAGCUCCUCCCCAGGAGAUGGCAGCCCGUAAGGAGGCCUUCAUACAGUCCAUUCGCGGCGAGAUGGCCCUGGCAAAUGCUCAGGAACUUAUGAGCAAAGUGGGCGAGAAAUGCUUCCAGAAGUGCGUCACUAAGCCCGGCACCUCGUUAUCGUCUUCAGAAGAGGUGCGCUUCACCCAUGUGUCUACCCCGCAAAUUCUGUUUUGA